CGUUGGGCUCGAGCGGAAACUUCGAAUUGAGGAUGUGUUAACGGACAACAGGGAGGCGGGAAAACCAAACUACACCACCCGGAGGGGAGAGAGCGAGGGAUAAAAUCACCCGGAGAGAUGGAGGCCCAGAUGCAAGAAUUUAAGGCGUUAGCUGGAGAAAUGUCGAUUAUCCUGUCAGGCUCUCACGGGGAGGUGCUGUUGCAGAAAGCAAUGAUGAAUAAAGCAAAAACUGUAAAUAGGUACCUGGAAUUUGAAAGAUCAGUGAAGCAACUGCUUACAGAAAUACAACAGACACGGGAGAAAGUGGCACUGAAAGUUAUAGAGAUUGGAGAAGAACAACAGAAAAACUUUCUGGAGGUGCAGAAGAUUCAGGAACAGUGGAAAAAUAGUCAACAACAGUAUGUUCAGAAAGGAACAGAAUUAAAACUUUUACAGCAAGAACUAGAGGAGCUUGAAAGGACUGAGAAAGAAAUAACCAAAAUAGAAGAAGAGGUAGCUGAAGACACGACAAUGGUUAUUCCUUCUACCAAGUACUUGGCUCAUAUCUUCCAUAAGGUCACUAAAAUCAUUUGGGACUAUGACAGCGAUCCAUCUCUUGUGAAAGGCGUUCAUUUUGGGACAGGUAUAGCACAGCCCAUUAACAUCGACUCUACCAAGCACUCUGAGAGUUUCAUCUGUGAUUAUCUGUGGAACCUGUUGAGCACGGACUGGUAAAUUGUUUCGUGAGCAAGUAUGGAGAAUAAGUGAACUGUUCAUUUUGAAUUGCUGUUUUUGUGCCUUGAAUAUUUUUAAUACCACCCAAUGUAGACCAGUGCUUUUCUGUUUAGUCAACUCAAAUUAGUGCUUGGUUGCUUUGUCCUUGAUUAUAGGUUCUGGUAGCUUCCCUGUAACAAAUGCUAAAUAAAUGGGGCCUAUAAUUUCCUAGUUUCUCUCUUUGUGGAGGAAAUGUGGGAAUUUAAAUUCAAGGCAAGAAUGCUAGUUAAUGAGUAAAAAUAUAAAAUAAUUCUGACAAACUAGCUAUUCUUGCCUGCUGAAACCUUUUGCUACUUUAUUUCCAACCAUGGAUGAUUAGUUGAAUUUGACUACUUUGGUCUUAGUGGAAAUAUAAGAUUGGUAUGAGAGCAUUUGAAAAAAGUGCAUAAUGUCACACCAGUGAAAAGCAAUAGUUCAUAGCAGUGAGAAAAGAAUCACCAAUUUCAUUGAGUUAUAGUGAAUGUGCUGAAAAUCAUGUGGUUAAGUUGGGCUAAAACAUUUAAACUGCUUCUUUAGUUGGAGAAGAAAUUGAGUUGAAAAGUAAUGAACAGAAUAUAAAGUGGCAUGGUGACUCAGUGGCUAGUCUUGCUGCCUCUCGGUGCCAGGGGCCUGGGUUCGAUUCAACCCCCAGGCAACUGUAUAUGGAUCGAUUUUUGCACAUUCUCCCCAUGUCUGCAUGGGUUUAUGCCAGGUGCUCCAGUUUUCCCCCCACAGUACAAAGAUACACAGGAUAUGUUGAUUGGCCAUGCUAAAUUGCCCAUAGUGUUCAGAGGUGUGAAGAUUAGGUGUAUUAACCAUGGGAAAUGCAGGGUUACAGGGAAAGGGGUGGGGAAUGGGUUUGGAUGGGAUGCCCUUUGGAGGGAUGGUGUGGACUUGUUGAGCUGACGGGCCUGUUUCCCCACUGUAGGGAUUCUCUGAUAUCAGGUGACGUUGUGUUCAAACCGCAAGCCACCUUUUAAUAAACUCUGUAUAGGUUGAAGAAAGUGGUAUUUUUUUUUUGAGAUUGUUUUGUAUGUAAUGGUUUCCUGAACUAUUUAUGUCAGUUCAUUUUGGAACGGGUGUAACACAGCCCAUUAACAUUGACUCUACCAAACACUCAGAGCUUCAUCUCUGAUUAUCUGUGGAACCUGUUGAGCACAGAUUGGUAAAUUGUUCUUUGAGCAAUUAUAGAGAAUGAGUGAACUGUUCAUUUUGAAUUGCUAUUUUUGUGCUUCUAAUAUUUUUGAAGUCGUGGCUUUAAUCUUGGAAAGUAUAAUUUAGCAAUUCCUACUGGUGGAUUCAUGACUGUGUGGUGUUUGACAAGGUAUAGACCAAUUUCCUGUUGAUGCAUUUUGGGAUGAUUUGCAAGAAAAAAUACAAAGCUACCAGGAUUACUUGCAUGUGGCAAUGUGUGCAGUGCCUUUCCUAAUGACAUUGCUGAAAUUGAAAAUUCAUUCCUUGUGAGAACUAGCAGGCACAAACCUGUGUGCUGCCACUCCAUAUCACAGAAUGCUGUAAAUAUUAUUUUAUUUUUUGCAGGAAAGGUCUAUAUGUUUAAGUGAACUUACAAAAACAUUUAAAUGAUCCAUUUGUUUUGUCAGACAUUGAUUCGUGAAUCCAGUCUACUGAGCAUUUGUACUGGUUAAAUAUUAUCUGUUCUUUAAUAAUGUUGUAGAUUAGCAAAUGUUACAUGAAAAUAUUAAGCUUUGCUCCUUUUGAAAAUGGAUUAGCUGCCUUCCUGAAAAUACUGUGCAGCAAAUUGGGGGGAAAAAUACUGGAUGCAGUACACUGGAAGUGUGUAUGUCCGAUCUCAGAACUGUGACAAGAAUGCAAGCAUGGCUCAUAUUGAGGCUCUUUAUGUCAUUUAUCUCGAUGUUUGAUAUCAACUAUCCCCUUUUCCUAAGCUGUUUUCUGUGCCUACCUCAGUAAUAUUUUUCAGUUCUAAUAAAGUGAUUUAUACCCUUUUCCUUA